GCCUCCACGCGACGCUCCUCGCCACUGACGAGAUGCCGCCGCCGUCGCCGUCGCCGGCGCCGCCGUGUCGGGGCCUCCUCCCGCCCCUCUCUAAGCCGCAGCCCAUGCUAGCCGUUGCCGCCAAAUCCUUAGCCUCGAGGCAGGCCAAGGUCAAGGCCCGAGCGCGAGCUCAGCCGGUCGCGCUCGCCAGGUCCACGAGCAUCGACGACGCGCUCGCCGCCGGCUUCGUCAGCCUCCUGAAUGCCAGCCCCGGGCUGGACUCGGAUGCCGCCGGCGCAGAGUCCAGGCUGUACGACCCCGAGCCGGGGGAUUUCGCGGUCGGGGUCGUGGUCUCCGGCACCGAGGCGCGCCUCGACGUCGCGGUCGGCGCCGACCACCUCGCCACGCUGCUCGCCAAAGAGCUCCUCCCGCUCGACCGCGGUGGCGGUGGCUUCGCGGCACGAGCGGCCUCGCCUCGGCCAGGGAGCGUGGGGGUCGUGGCGAGCCCCGCCGUGGACGAGGAGGCGACCAGGAAGCAUAAUCGCGGGAGCAGGGCACUGGUGGCGCCCGGCACGGUGGUGUUCGCGGAGGUGCUCGGCCGGACGCUCAGUGGGCGGCCGCUGCUGUCGGCGCGACGGCUCUUCCGACGCCUCGCGUGGCACCGCGCCAGGCAGACAGAUUAUGCAACUCGAUGAGCCAAUUGAGGUUAAAAUUUACGAGUGGAACACCGGGGGUCUACUGACAAGAAUCGAGGGGCUGAGAGCAUUCCUUCCUAAAGUUGAGCUUAUGGACAGGAUAGGUACAUUUACAGACUUGAAAAACAAAGUUGGCUGCAGCAUUCGUGUGUGCAUUGCAAGGCUCGAUGAAGAAACUAAUGACCUGAUAAUUAGUGAGAAGAAAGCAUGGGAAAUGACUUAUCUUAGAGAAGGAACUCUCCUACAAGGAAGUGUUCGCAAAAUUUUUCCAUAUGGUGCACAAGUUAGGAUUGCUGGGACAAACAGAAGUGGAUUAUUGCACAUAUCAAACAUUAGUAGAGGUCGUGUUUUGUCAGUAAACGGCGUCCUAAAGAUAGAUGACGAGGUAAAAGUUCUCGUGAUCAAGUCAAAUGUCCCAGACAAAAUCGCACUGAGCAUAGCGGACCUUGAGAGUGCACCUGGUUUAUUUCUUUCAGACAGAGAGAAAGUGUUCUCAGAAGCUGAGGAAAUGGCGAAGAGAUACAGGGAGCAACUUCCAGUUAUAUCUCAGAACACCAUGUUAGAUGAUAGCCUUCCAGGAGAAACGCUACCAUUUGAUGACGAAGCUAAACUGUACGCGAACUGGAAAUGGUUCAAAUUUCUGCAUCAUAACAAACCUGGUGACAACAGCAGCAGGGAUCUGCCAUAGUUUUCAGGAAAUCAUGGGUCAUGUCCAAGAGUAUGGCACCUAUGGUUGCAAAGCAAAUACCUGGUAAAGUGUUGAUCAUGCAAAAGCUAAACCAUGACUAGAGAACCUGGUGAAGUCAAAUACGGCCGCAGGUGCUAACGCUCCGCCUCCGUAAACCAGCAUCAAUCAGCAACAGGCAAAUGUCAUCCGGCAGCCAGAGGGGGAGAAAUGACCAGAAAAAAAGAGGAGGGAUGUUGCUCUCACUACGGGUCUGAUGUUCGUCUUUCAAAUUGCGUUCACUCCAAGCCCCACCGGAGUGACAUGUUGUACUUUAACUUUACCUGUGUGUGUAAAAUGCUUCGUUGCAUUCAUAUUCUGUCAAAACGAGUCAGAGCUCUCGUUGCCAAGCACACGGAUCUGUCCAUGAAAUAGAUUCUGGAAUUUUGGCAAAAUAUGUUGGAUAGCAUCAUCGAU